AGAGAAGAAGCUUCCCUCAUUCUGUCUUUCUGCUUUUGCCCUCUCCUGAGCACAUUGGAGUUGCUGCCUGCAGCACAGGUUUGGCUCCAAACCCAUGACAAUUCACUAAGUUUAAUAACGUCUCAAGAAUGAGAUGGAUUCUGGGCUUCUUCACCUGAGAAGCAGGACAAGGAAAUUUAGUGGGGAUCAACAAAAACCAGCUUGGUGUGUGUGGCUGGAUUCUGUUUUCACUUUCUUUACUAUUGAUGAUUAUUACCUUCCCCAUCUCCAUAUGGAUGUGCUUGAAGAUCAUUAAGGAGUAUGAACGUGCUGUUGUAUUCCGACUGGGACGUAUCCAAGCUGGUAAAGCCAAGGGACCAGGCUUGAUCCUGGUCCUGCCCUGCAUAGAUGUGUUUGUCAAAGUUGAUCUCCGAACAGUCACCUGCAAUAUUCCACCCCAAGAGAUCCUUACCCGGGACUCUGUGACUACUCAGGUGGAUGGAGUUGUCUACUACAGAAUCUAUAGUGCUGUUUCAGCAGUAGCUAAUGUUAAUGAUGUCCACCAAGCCACAUUUCUGCUGGCUCAGACCACUCUGAGAAAUGUCUUAGGGACACAGACCUUGUCUCAGAUCUUAGCUGGGCGAGAAGAGAUUGCCCAUAGCAUCCAGACCUUACUUGAUGAUGCCACGGAGCUGUGGGGGAUACGAGUUGCCCGAGUGGAAAUCAAAGAUGUCCGUAUUCCUAUGCAGUUGCAGAGAUCCAUGGCAGCUGAGGCUGAGGCCACACGGGAAGCCAGAGCCAGGCUGCCUGCUGCUGAGGCAGACAAAAACAGAGAUUAA